AACAUAUUGUUAUCAAAGAGAAGUUGCCAUUAACAGACACGACAUUUCGUAAUGUUCAUCGAGAUUUCUGUUGUUCCAAAUGUUGUCGGCUCAAAAAAUUUAAUUAGAUAUUGAAAAUAUUAUACUUCUGCAAUCUACAUGAAGUGAGAAUUUCAAUUCUUGUUGCAAUUUUGCUUGUGGGGAUGUUUUCUGUAACUCUAGGAAAAUCACUCAAUUGAGGCUGAACAAUAUGGACGAAUUAAUUCAAAUCAAAGAGGAAACCGAACAGCCCGAUCUGGAACUAACCAUGAAUGUAGGAAAUCCGCAAGAAAUGUUCUCGAAAAGUCACAAUGCAGUAUUUAACGGAGACAGCACGAUUUGUUCGAUGAUUCCGGCUAAAAACGACUGCAUUGCGUACAGUACCGAAGUGAAGUUGAAAGUUGAGCCUCCUGAUUUAAACUUCAGCAUUGCUGAUGAAAGUAGCUUCGAAGCCUCAACUGAAAGUAACACCGACGAGGGAUCGAAAGAAGGCAACGUUCAGCGUUGUCAAACUGAACCGCAUAAUAGUAACAAUUUUGCAAAGCGAAGCCAUCCCAGUAAGAAAUACACCAAAAGAAAGCAAACUGUUUCGGGAAGUAGUCUCCGAGAAAACAGGGUACGAUUGUACAACUGCUCCCUGUGUGGUUCACCGUUUCCUAGUCGAAUCGAUCUUCAGACGCACCAGGUCUCAGCUCACCGGGAAAAACCGUAUGAAUGUUCAUUCUGUGAAAAGUCCUUCCACACAAGACGGAAUCUGGGAAAGCACCUGAAUGUUCAUGCCGGCUACAAACCGCACCAGUGCAAGAUCUGCAAUCGGAACUUCUCGAGAAGUAAUCACCUGACUCGGCAUCUGAAGCAGCAUUCCAGUCAUCCCUCCGCUAUCAACUGCACUGCCUGUGAGAUGGUUUUCUUCGAGAAGGGGAAGUUCGAUGAACAUCUGCUGAAGCAUGAACAACAGCCAGCUAAGGAUGCCAGCUCUCCGGAUGAAGAUAAGUAUGACAGUAGGCUUUACUUCAACGGAAAAGAUUUUGACGAACCAAGUGCUUUGGAACAGCACAAGACUGGUCACUUCGAGGAAACCGUAGAAUACAAAAUGUGUGAUAAUACUUUUACCGAAACAGAAAGCCUUAAGUUGCAUAUGCGGAUAGAUGGCGACGAACAGUUGUACAAAUGUGACAUCUGCGAUGAGAGCUAUUCAGAAAGUACACUUCUCAUUAGACACAGGAGAAUGCACACGGGCGAAUGGCCGUACCAAUGUGUUACGUGUGAAAGAGGUUUCACCGACGAGUAUUAUUUGAAAGUUCAUUCGGAAAAGCACGCGGUCGAAAAAAGAUACAAGUGUGAUAUUUGUGAAAAAGAGGUUAAUACUAAUCAAAGGCUCAAGCUUCACAUGAUAACCCACACCGGAGAUAGGCCACAUAAAUGCGACAUAUGUGGCAAAACAUUCACAACCCCUGGUUCGUUGCGUUACCACAGUAGUGUCCAUAAGACCGAACGUCCCUUCAAAUGUAGCAUUUGUGAGAAAGAAUUUGCCCUUAGUGUUCAGCUCAAGAUACACAUGAGAAGCCACAAUGAAAAACGUCCUUUUCAGUGCAACAUUUGUGACAAAUCGUUUAGGGUGAACUCUUUGCUUACCCAACAUAUACGAAGUCAUACCGGCGAAAGGCCAUUUAAAUGCGAUAUCUGCGGUUUAUCCUACAGUUCAAGUAGCUACCUCACAAUUCACCGUAGAGUGCACCUUGAUCAGGACAAAAAACCAUUCGAGUGUGGUGUAUGCGGAGCACGAUUCAUCACAAAAACCAGACUCAACUCCCACAGUAAGGUACAUGCUCGGAAAUGCGCUGAUUGUGAUAUACAUUUUUCCUCCCAGAGCGAAUUCGAAGAGCACAGGGAUACCGUUCACGAGAAACGGCCAUUCAAAUGUGACAUUUGUGAUAAAGGUUUUUUCACCAAGGAAGUCUUGCGGGUUCAUCGGCUCAUCCAUACCAGCGAUAUACGAUACGAUUGUCAGAUCUGCGGACGAAGCUACACACGCAAAAGUACCCUCGAUCGGCAUGCUAAAGUACAUGCAUCGGGAGAAUUGGACGCCCCACCGGACGACCUAGAAACCACUCAAUGAAAAAAAAAUCAACCGAAAAUUCGCUGACACCAGUGUCAUUUGUGGUGGUAAAUACCAAACAAGAUUUGAAUACAUGACACAAUGUCUGAAAGUAAUAAAUAAAACUGUAAA